AUGCGCAAGGAGUCUAUCGACAGCGAUAGUCUCGACCCGCAUGCCGGGUCGAGACGCCCUCGUGAAGGAGACGACUCGGACGCUUCGAGUUCGAAGCGUUCACGCGGCGAGAGCGACACUCCGCUCUCUGCUGCUGGGGCUUUAAGCUCCCCGCACAUCGCAGACCGUGUGGGCAACACCGUGCCUCCAAAUGAAAUCCCGCUGUACGUAUGCAGCGGCAUCCACGACGAUGCUGUGGCGGAGGAUCAGCACUUUGAUCCGUUAACGAAUCAAAUGCGCGAUUAUUACAUCGGGCUCUUCCACGAGCUCCGGUACUUCUCCAGCAAGAAAACCUCUUCUCGCAGCAAAGUGCCUGAUUGGCAGGCAUUUUGUCAAAGUUGGAAUGCUUUUGUUGAGAACUUCAACAAGAAACCGGCUGCUUACCGCGAGCGGGUUAAGCAUGCCCGUGAACGCUUGGAGACAUUCUCGACGCGCGGGCGGCUGGAGCAGCUCCACAGAUCCUCUGUGGACGCUGGUAUUCCAUGCGCUGUGCCCGAAGGCCAACGGUGCACGUUGUGUCUUCCGGGUGCGGCGCGCUUGAGCGACCGCGACCUAAACGGGUACGCGACGAUUCGUGUACCAGCGAGUCUCAAAGAUCUCCGUGCCAAGUUCCUGACACUGCGUGGUGAGCUUCGUACGCCCUCACCAUUUCCGGAACGUCCUGCAGCAGGACGUCCCGCGGCUCCCAUGUAUCUUGGUGGGGCGGAAACCCGCUACAACGAAUACGAUAACGAACCGGUUGCCGGUUCGAUUUCGGGAUACUAUGGUUCACAAUACGCUCAACAAUCCAGCGUGUUGAGCCGCGGGCGUCGCGGAUCGGAUGCGGCGGGGGUGGGAACACGCCCCGGGUAUGGUCAACCUGGAGUUGACCUUGGCCCGACGCUCGAGGAGCGGGUCGCUGCUGUGGAGCAGCAUCAGAGCCGGGAGUUCGCCGCUCUAAAGCAGGAGACCGCGUCGGACAUCUCUGUCAACGUGGGAGUUCGCGUCGCGCGCUUGUCCCAGCGCGUUCACGCGCUGGAGCAGAAGUUCGCUCCCGCUGGGGCUUCCACUUCGGGCCAGCCGGGUUAG